AGGAGUACCAUGCUCAGCUGGAGGAGAUGCGAGUCUCCAUCAGGCAGCUGGAGGAGGACCUGUCUGCUGCCCGACGCCGCAGUGAUCUGUACGAAGCCGAGCUGAAGGAGUCCCGACAGGCCAACGAGGAGUUGAAGAGGAAAGCUGCAGACUACCAGCACCGGAUCCAGAAGGCCAAAGAACAAGGCAAAGCAGAGGUAGAAGAAAUGGUGACCAAGUUGGAGAAGGCCUGCACCGAGGAGCAGAUGAGGAUCCAGGACCUGCAAGAGAAGCUUGCCAAGGCAUCAAAGGCCAGUGCUGAGGCCACAGACCACCUUCAGAGCAUGAAAAUGGCCAAAGAGCGUCUGGAACGAGAUCUGGAGCGGCUCCAGAACAAAGAAGACUCCAGUGACAGUCUGCGCAGACGUCUCCGUGAGACCGAGAUUUGA